GCUGCAGCCAGGGCCAUCCCUGCACUGCUGUUGGCUGCCUCACUGAAGAAUCACAAGAAGGAAGCCCUUUGCUCCUUUAAUCUUGCUGGCAGGGAGACGGUGGCAGCUGCAAAGAGAGAAAAAGGAGGAGACCAGAUGGCUUGCCAGAGACACCUUUGCUUGGGCAUGAUCCCACCACAAGCACCAAACUCCUUUCCAUUCAGAACUUUAGUUUGCAAGACUGCAAGAGUAUUGUUCCUUUGUUUUUAAAGAAACCAAACCUUCUACUUUAAAGAAGAAGUUCCAUUUUAGGAAGAUGACCGUGAUUGAUUAGGUGUGCUGAUAUUCCCUGGCACGCCUUGUUCUUCUAUGCUGAAAGACAAAAAUGGAUGGUCUGACGGGAGAACCUGAAAAUGGAUCCUUGCUGCUAGAUCCCCCAGCAAGUUCCUCGCCUUUGGAUCCAUUCUUGCAACCCCUGGACUUCAUCGAACCCUGGAACUUCCACCUUCUCUCUGCUCUGAUGUUCUUGGUGACUUCCCUGUCCCUCUUCGAGAAUUUUACUGUCAUCCUGGUGACUCUGAAAUUCAAACAGUUGAGGCAACCUCUAAACUAUGUCAUCGUGAACCUCUCUGUGGCCGAUUUCCUGGUCUCAUUGAUUGGGGGCACAAUCAGCUUUUUGACUAAUCUGAAGGGUUAUUUUUUCAUGGGCCACUGGGCAUGUGUGCUGGAAGGAUUUGCGGUCACGUUCUUUGGAAUAGUCGCCCUCUGGUCCCUUGCUCUGCUUGCGUUUGAGCGCUACGUUGUGAUUUGCCGUCCCAUGGGAAACAUGCGCCUCAGGGGGAAGCAUGCAGCUCUGGGAGUAGCCUUUGUGUGGGUUUUCUCCUUCAUCUGGACCAUCCCUCCUACAAUGGGCUGGAGCAGCUACACUACCAGCAAGAUUGGAACUACGUGUGAACCCAACUGGUAUUCUGGAGACUACAACAACCGUACUUUCAUCAUUACAUUCUUCACCACCUGUUUCAUCCUGCCCUUAUUGGUGAUUUUGAUAUCCUAUGGAAAACUGAUGCGGAAACUUAGAAAGGUUUCAGAUACUCAAGGCAGACUGGGCUCUACAAGGAAACCUGAAAGACAGGUGACCAAAAUGGUUGUCAUUAUGAUCCUUGCAUUUUUAAUUUGCUGGUCUCCUUACGCAGCCUUUUCAAUCUUGGUCACCACCUAUCCUUCCAUCAAACUGGACCCUCGCCUCUCUGCCAUUCCAGCAUUCUUUUCAAAAACGGCCACGGUGUAUAAUCCAGUUAUCUAUGCCUUUAUGAACAGUCAGUUCCGGAAGUGUCUCAUCCAACUGUUUCGAUGCAGUGGCCAAGAUAUUGCCGACUCCAACGUGAACCCGAUUUCAGAAAGGGCAGUGCUCACACACAGCAAAAAUGGCGGAGAGAUGUCCACAGCAGCACCGCCUCUUACUGUCUUCAGCCGGAGAAGUGAAGAUGAGCAAAGCAGCUGCCAUUCUUUCGCCCAGCUGACCAUCGCAGAGAAUCAAGUUUGUCCAGUGUGAAUGCAACUCUUCAAGAGCCAGGACUACUAACUGGGGAUGGGGAACUUGUGGCUCUGUAGAUUAUGUUGGAUUAUGAUUCCCCCUCCCCACUCCUUGACUACUGGCCACACUGACUGAGGCUGAUGAGAGAUGAAAUCCAACAACAUCUGGAGGGCCACUGGUUCCCUGUCCCCACUGUAAACCAUUCCAUUGUUAGCAUUCAUUUGCACAAAAUAGCAGCCAACAAGAAUGUCAAGGCCAAUUGCUCAGCAUGCUCUAUUAGCUGGUAGUGUUAUGAAUCCAUUUAGACUACAAUAAUAUGCACACUUAGCUGGGACUAACUUGUAAGUAGGUAAACAUAAGACUGUGCUGUUAGUGCUUUUUCCUCAAACGAUUCUAAUGCGCAUGCUUUAGCAUUAAUGUAACAUUUGGAAGAUACAAUCUGUGUUAUGGACCUUAAGAAAAUAACAAAGAAUUGUUCAUGGAGACAGUUUACUACUCCAGAGUCUUAACAUCACUCUUUAUAUUUUCUUUUUCUUGUUCCACUGAAAUUGUUUGAAAUUGUUGGAUUGGAAUUUUGUUUUCCUUCUUUAUCUACAAAUGAGGUGGAUUGAUAUUUUCA